AGCCUUCUUCUCAUUCUCUCCCACCAAGAAGGUUAGAUGUCACAGUGACUCUAUUCAGCACCCUAGAGAAGAAACUCUCUCGCUCCCUCUCUCUAACCCACUAGAUAGAGACAAUACGAAAAGCAAACAAGAUGGCUCCUAGGGCACAUGAUGGGUCAGCGAAAAGAGAAGAAGAAGAUAAGCCUAUGGAAACCAUGACAAAUAUUCCAACCAAGAAAGAGGUCAAUAAGGGAGCAUGGACGCCAGAAGAAGAUAGAAAAUUAGCCGAGGUUAUUGCAAUCCAUGGUGCAAAAAGAUGGAAGAUAAUUGCAGCCAAAGCAGGCCUUAAUCGGUGUGGUAAGAGUUGCAGACUGAGGUGGUUGAAUUACUUAAGACCAAAUAUCAAGAGAGGCAAUAUAUCAGACCAAGAAGAGGACUUGAUUCUUAGGCUUCAUAAACUACUAGGAAAUAGAUGGUCCUUGAUCGCUGGAAGAUUACCUGGUAGAACAGAUAAUGAAAUCAAGAAUUACUGGAAUUCUCAUUUGAGCAAGAAAAUAAACCAAAAAGAGAAACAUAGUGGAGCUUCAGCAAGAGAAGAAUCCAGAGAUGGGAAAAUGACAACAGAGAAGGUGGAUAUUGUGGAGGUGAAAGAAGAGAACUCAUCUAGUAAUAAUACAGGAGGUGUAGACUCCGAUGCCAGUUUUAAUGUAGAUGAUUUUUUUGAUUUCUCCAAUGAAGAUCCUUUGAACUUACAGUGGAUGAGCCAUUUCCUUGAAAUGGAUGGGGGAUUCACUAGUAUGUCAUAAAAAGUGUAAACUUUUGUUUUCUCGCCAUGAAAACAUGGUGCAGAGUGCAGACAAAAUCAUGGUGUAUGAGAAAUGAGAAAUUUCAUGUUCUAUGCUC